UCAGCCAGCUUACUGCUUGAACAAUGAACGCCCAGGCAGGGACCCAGGCAGCCCCGGCUCCGCCUGCCACUGUGAUUGUAGUCAAUCAGAAUCCGCGCAGUGCACCGCCUCAUAUGCUGAGGGGGACAAGGUUGUAUGGUAUGACUGUACGGUCUGGCUGUAUGGCGGCGUCCCUUUCAUUUGGCAUCUUUCUCACAAUUAUUGGAUUUAUCAUGAUUCAAAUUCCGAUAAUUACGGGGGCGUAUGCAUCUAUUCUGGCUAUAAUCGCUUGCUGCUGUCUUGGAGGCUUUCUAAUCUACUUUCACGUGAAGGCAAGAGGGAAAGCAUUGCGAGAGUUCAAUGCCCUUCCAGCCGACCACCCUGACCGCCUGAAGUACAGCGGCCUCACCUUUCCUUGCACUAUACCUGGGGCAUACCCAGUAACCAACGUCUACCAAUUCCCCACCAACGCACAGGGAGUAAAUGAUGGCAGCGGGCAGCCAGCAGCAACGGCGUCAGGACAGACGGUCACAUCGGGAUAUCACCCACCUUCACAGGGGCAGUAUCCACCUCCGCAAGGGCAGUAUCCACCACCACAGGGGCAGUAUCCACCUCCGCAAGGACAGUACCCACCUCCAAAUGGUUAUUAUCCAACUCCCGAAGGUCCCUCUGCUCCUCUACAAGAGCCCUCCUCGAAAAUCAAGGAUGAUCCGCCGCCAUAUUCUGAAAUCUAAAAGACUUGUUCUCUUUUUAAAAUACCUCAUUGUUUCACAUUGCUUUUAAAUACACAGUCCUAUAGUACGGUGUAUUCACAAUGAGUCAGCUUCACAGUUUUGUAUAUCUUAUAUGAUGUAUAUGAUGUUUUCUUAUUUUCAUUAAUGAAAAUGGUAUCAACGCCUGUUCAUAAUGUUACGAUUAUAAUAACCUGCGGCGGAAGGCAACGGCAAACCACCGCUCUAGAUUGUCAAGAAAAUCAUGGAAAUCCAUGAUCGCCAACGUCCUUGUAGGACAGGGCACU